CUUUGCUUUGUAAUGUCUUCUCUCUUUUCUUAAAUGAGUCAUCUUAUUUGGAACACGUACAAAACUCUCCCUCAGCACUCCUUGCUUUUGUCAGAUUCCUGCAGGACUGUCAGCCAUCUUGGUAUGACAACAUUGGGAAAUGCCCCACAUCCACUUCCUGCAGCAUGCUAUCCAAAGGUGCCCCUUGUCAGGAAUGUUGCCAGUAUCUUACACUGCAAGUUUUCUUUUGUUAUUGCCGCUGUUGGUACAAGCCUGGAAGACAGUGGGCUAUGCUCACUCUCUCUGCCUUAACCUCACUGUCAAAUCUCAAUCCAGACCUAGACACCCCUGGUAUGUAGUGCAGGGUUCAGUGAAUAAAAAGCCAUUCCUUCAGUAUGACAGUGACAGCAGCAAGUUCAGACCUUUGGGUCUCCUGGGGCAGAAGGUGAAUGCCACCAAAGCAUGGACACAACUGACCCAGACGCUGGGAGAGGUGGGGCAAGAGCUCAGGAUGAUCCUGCCUGACAUAAAACUGGAGAACACUCCUCCCACCCUGGACAACCAGUGGUGUUGUCAGCAUGAAGCACAAUGGUGCCCCACUGCAUCCUGGCGCUUCAACAUCAAUGGACAGGCGGCCCUCCUCUUUGAUACGAUGAAUGUGACCUGGACAGUCAUGAACCCUGGAGCCAGAGGUGUCAAGGAAGAGUGGGAGGACAAGGGACUGGCUGACUAUUUCAGGAGGAUCUCCAUGGGAGACUGCAAUCACUGGCUCGGGGAACUCUUAGAACACUGGGAGAAAGUGCUGGAACCCCCAGGUAAAUGA